GCCCUCUUACUAAAAUCCUCCCGUCCCAACCCUAGACUCUAGAGGGCGAACUUCAAUUGUAUUUUUAUCCCCUACCAACACAACGAGGAAGUCACGAGCAUGCGCAGUAGCGUUCAGUAGCGCGUCUUUCUGUGCGGAGUCAUGUAAUUGUAAACAAUAAACAAUACAGACUAUCGGAGACCACGGAGAUAACGCGCAAAUAAUCACAACAACAUGGAUCGCCAAGAGCUCUCCAGCCUUCUACAACGCUGUUGCUGCACCCUCUGAUCAUACACACACACACACACACACACACACACACACACACACACACACACACACACACACACACACACACACACACACGCACACACACACACACAGCCUACUACUACUCUCUCCAGCACAGACACACAUACACAGUACACUAGCCCCAACUCCCCAUCCCCACCCCCGUCAGGAUGCCGUGGGCCUUCUCUGAUUCGCUGAAGAAGCGGGCGUGUCGCUACCUGCUGCAGCGCUACCUGGGCCACCUGCUGCAGGAGAAGCUCAGCCUGGAGCAGCUCACACUGCACCUGUACAUGGGCACCGGGAGCCUGGCUAACGUCCCGCUGGACACAUGGGCUCUAAAUGAGCUGCUGGAGUCUGUGGAUGUGCCCCUGUGUGUGCUUGAGGGCUUCAUCUGCUCCAUCUCCCUGUCUGUGCCCUGGGCCUCCCUGCUCACUGACCCCUGCUGCAUCACCAUACAGGGGCUCAAGAUCACAUGCCGACCGCAUCCACGCUCAGCGUGUGUGGUUGACUGGUCGGGUCUGAUGAGUUCCAGUCUCCAGAUGGCGCGCGAGUGUUUAAGUGACCAGCAGGGGGAGCAGCAGCCUCUCGAGGGACUGGAGACCUUCGCCCACACUAUUGAGACAGUUCUGCGCAGGGUGAGGGUGACGUUCCUGGACACGGUUCUGAGAGUGGAACAUGUUCCGGAACAUUCCAAAACAGGCGUCGCCAUGGAGCUGCGCAUCAGCAGGAUGGAGUACCAGGACCAGUUGGCAGAGGAGGGUGUGUGUGAGGAGCAGCAGCAGCAGAGUGUGUGUGUCCAGAAGAGUCUGAGGGUGGAGGGCCUCACGCUGUACUGGGAUCAGUUUCCCCACAGCGCUCGCACCGGCCUGCAGACGCCGCCCACACACACGGACUCUGACCUGAAGUUGUCUCCAAGUUGGGACCCCCACAUCGUCUGUGAACCGCACCCACAGUUUACCACGGUUACCCCGUUGCCCCCCUCCCCCCCCUCUCAGAUCGCCAUGGGGGGGGCACUGACCCUCUCGCUACUCCUCAGGCAGAGCCAACACACCCCUGCAGCUAAGUUGGAGGUAUCUGGUGUGUGUGAGUCUUUGGUCGUGCUGCUUUCGCCUCGUCAGGUUCACCUGCUCAUGGAUAUGAUGGACGCCUUUACACACUCAGCUGGAGAGGUGAAGUCUCGGCCAAUGGGACGCGAGGAUGAGUAUCGCCUCCACAUGGAGCUGCAGCGCUGCCUCAGGAAGGAAACUAUGACAACUAGCGCUAUGGCAACACAGCGCCUAGCAACCAAUCACACCACCACGGACAGCCAGACCACCAAGACUAGCAGAGAGGAUGUUUUCUUCUCCAUGGCUGAGGUGAUGGACAUGUCAAACAGCCAAUCGUAUCAGCCGGCUGGGGUUAUUGACAUGUCCCACAGCUUAUCAUCUCUGCCGCCACUUGGAGACCCGCCCACUGUCGACCUCGACCUGUCAAUCAGCAGCAACUACUCCGGGCAGUCUCCACCUGCUAGAUGGGAUGAAUAUCUUGAAGUCAAUCAACAGCAGCACGAAGUUCAACACACACACACUCACCCCACACUCCUCAGGCAAACCUCCCAUGAGGAGUGUGUGCAUCCUGAGUUGGUCCUACGUGUGUGUGUUGAGCGCCUCUUGGUGGCUGUUCUGCAUAUUGACCCGCUGCCGCCUGCUGACUCCGCCCACUCUGCUCCUGCACCAAUGGCGGCCCACUUCUUCCACACACUCAACACGGCCACGCCCACACAUGCCUUCCUCCAAUCACGUGACCUAUUUGACAAGGCCCUCCCCCACGAUCAUCUACGGUUGGUGGGGGAGGGUGUCAGUGUGUCAUAUGAACACACACACAGCAGCAGCGUGCGGCGUGUGAACUCAGAAGUCUCCUUUAGGCAAAUGGACAUCCGAGAGUGUCUCUUCUCUACCGAGACACACACGCACACCGCCCAGUACACUGAGCUGCUGGUGUUUGAUGAAGAUGAGAGCGAGUUGCCUCACUGCCUGCAGCUCUCGUAUAGACUCACCCAGAGAAGGGGACCACAGGGUGGCCGGCGCAGGGCUGAUGUGUGUGUGGAGUUGUCUUCUUGCCGGUCCGAGUUUGACAUCAGCAUUGUGGACCGCCUCCACUCCCUCCUGCAGCCACGGCAACACGUCACCAUGGAAAUGAUGACAUCACACAUGUACACAUCCCACAAUAAGCCCUUCAGCCUGCACAAGGCGUUUGCGGAGGUGUUUUUGGAUGAGGGCAGUGGCCCAGGCCAGUGUGAGGUGUGUGUGUGUGUGAGUGCUCCGCGUGUGCGUGUGUGUGUGCGUUUCCCAAUUCCAGACCUGCGGUGUGACGCCGAAAGGGGAGCUUGGUUCCGGCGGCGUCUCAGACCCGACACACUCACACUGGAGAUCACCGAACCAACGCUGAACAUACACACUCACACACACGCAGAACACACACGUCUGGAGCUGCACUACAGAUUACUCACUGCUGAUCUCCAUAGCGACGGGGAUGAGGAGCCAAUCAGUUUCCUGCGUGUGUCUCCCAGUCUGGAGGAGAGCAGCACCAUGGAGAGCGGCAAGUUCGACUGGCCCAGGGUGGUGUGUAAGAUAAACCCUCCGGCUGUGUCGUCACUGCUUGAGAGGGGCACUCUGGAGGAAGAGGAGGAGGAGGAAGGGGAGGGGCUGAGGGAAGAGGAGGCUUCUCAUUCGCUGAAAGACGUCUGCGACUUCAGCCAACCAGAGCCCUCGCCCUUCUCAUCUCGCAGAGUCAUGUAUGAGAACGAGGAGAUGGUGAUUCCAGGAGACGUUCGGGAGAUGAAUGAGUUUCAGGAGAAGACCUCGGCUAACUCUCGCUUCACCCUCGAGCUCACCAUCCCUCAGCUGCAUAUACACCUACCAGACAAGGCCUUCUACCAGAGGCUACACAACCGGAUAAACAAUGACCUGUUACUAUGGGAACCUACAGCUCCAUCGCCCGUGGAGACAGCUGAGAGUCUUCCCUACGGAGGAAUAUCAGUAGCCAGCCAGCUCAUCAACACUCACACACACAAGGACAACAGCCCUGAGGAAGAAGAGAGUGAAUCCGAGGAGGAUGUUUUAGGGUUUCCAUUGGUGAUGGAUGCGGGGAGCCGGCGGAGGAAGAGGAGGGCGAAGAGUCACAGACACACACACACACACCUUCACACACACUCGCUCUCACACACACACCCCUCCUGCCAAAGCCUCCUCUCUGUCAGCGUCACGGUCAACCAGGGCUCACUGUCUCUGCACACUCACACACAGGGUGUGUGUGGGAAGAGUGUGUGUACAGGUGCGGUGUGGUUGGAGGUGCAGGGGGCGGGGCUGUUUGGUGUCAGCCAUUACCAAGGCCUGGAGGACCAGCACUACCUCUGCUGCCACACACACCGCCUUGGACUCUACCACUCAGGUCAGGGUUCCAGGGGGGAAGGCCUGAAGAUGAGCUUGGCUGAUAGGAAGCGACCUGAUUGGUUGGAGCCGACACUGCUUCCUGAUUCGCUGAAUCCCUCAGAGCCCGCCCACUCCCCAUCCACGAGUCAGUCAGGUGGCUUGGGGGCGGAGCAAAGCAGCAUGCUCUCGGCUGCAGUGAAGAUGUCAUCAGCCACUCUGGAGCAGCCCAUCAAGAAGUUCCUGGUUGCCGUGGGGAUUCGGGGUGUCACCUUGCAUCAUCGAGUGGUCCCCUCCGGCCGGGACUGGUACCAACAGCUUUUAGACUUCCUGAGUGUUCAAGAGGAAGAAGUUCUGGGAUACACUCCGCCCCCUACCAUCAUCACUACACACACACACCUGUGGAACUGCUCUAUGGACUACAGGCCGCUCUAUAUGCCCGUGCGCUCUCUGAUCACCGUAGAAACCUUCAGCAUUUCACGCAGCCUGGCGUCUGACCUCAACUCAUCCACUGUGAGGAUAAUUAUCGAUGAGGUGGCGCUCUACCUAUCAGAGAAGAACACUCUACUGUCUGUCAAUUUAGCUCGAGAUUAUGUGCGAGUGGUCGAAAUGGGAACGCUAGAACUCCGCAUCAGAACAGCUUGCCAACAAUCCAAUGGAGAGCAGUUCGUUGAGCCUCGGUUGGACGUCCGCUGCUCAGGUGAUGUGCUGCGUGUGCGCGUGUGUUGGGACUCGUGUGCUGCGCUGAUGAAGCUAUUGCAGUAUGUGGCCAUGUAUGGAGAUCUACAGCCCCCCAGAGGACCGGAGCAGAACUACACCACCGGAGGCCUACUGCCCCCUAGCCAGCCGGAGGGGAACUGCGUCACACACGGCCAGUCACACAGAAGCAGCACCAGCAGCCACCAAUCCCAGACAAAUGGAGGUGUGGUCAAGGCAGAGGAGCUGGCCCCUCCCCCUUCCCAGAGUGCUUUGCUGCCUGACGAGGUGAUGCUGCAGGAGCUGAUGAGAGAUGCCAUGGAGGAGGACACACACAUGCACACACACACACAAGGUCUCCAUGGCAACUCCAGACAGGAAGUGGACGCUCCUCUCUCUGACCUCUUCCUGUUCCCGGACGAGAGCGGGAACAUUCUAGAACCAUCCCCCUGCUCCCCCGUCCCCCUCCCCUCUCCUCUCAUUCCCCACCCCAACGCACCCCCCCUCCCACACGAUGACUUCUGCAUUCUGCACUCCCCAGCCACACAGCCUGGGGACGGGGAGCCAGUGGUUCGUGUCCUGUCUAAAGAGCGUAUUGAACUGAAGGAAAAUCACUUCAAUGCAGGAGCCACCAGGGCGUCGCUGUUGCACACACCGGACACGCGCUACCUUUUCAGCAUCUCAUUGAUCCUCAGCCUCUACGGGGGGCGGGACUUCAGCCCAGGGUGCUCUCCCUCCCACGCUCCUCACCACCUGGCAGCUCGAGGGGCAGCAGCCGGAGCCGGCAGAAACACAGACAUGCUGAUGGAGAUCCAACUCAACAAGGUGCGUGUCCAGCAUGAGGUGUUUCCUCCACCUCCAGAGUGGGCGGGGCCUGAAAGAGCAUCGUCACGGCAACUACUAGUGGUCCAGGAAGUGGAGAUCCGAGACCGCCUGGCCUCAUCGCAGAUCAACAAAUUCCUCUAUCUCUACACCAGCGACUCCAUGCCUCGCCGGACACACUCCAACAUGGUGACGGUGCGUGCGGUGCAUGUCUCGGUGGCAGCUGAUGAGUCUCCUGACGAGUGUUGCCUGCGCGUCUCUCUCAUGCCACUACGACUCAACAUUGAUCAGGACGCUCUGUUCUUCCUGAGGGAUUUCUUCAGCAGUUUAGCAGCUGAGGUGGAACUCUUCUCUCCUCCAGACCACCAUGCCUUGUGUGUGUCCAUGAAGAGGACGGCUGGUUCAGAGUCAUCCAGCAGUCAUGACCCCGCCCCCAUCAUCUCCACAGCCAACCAGAAUGGCCGCAGUGAGCAGGAGCAUACCCCCCUUGGUGAAAAAGAACACGCCCCAUCUUCCUUCAGUGACCAACCAAUCUUUUUCAGAGAGUUUCGUUUCACUUCCGAUGUUCCGAUCCGACUUGAUUACCAUGGCAAACACGUCGCCAUGGAGCAGGGUACGUUUGCUGGUAUUCUGAUGGGCCUUGCACAGCUGAACUGCUCCGAACUAACCUUACGCAGACUCUGCUACAGACAGGGGUUGCUAGGUGUUGAUCGUUUGGUCUCCUAUGCGCUACAUGAGUGGAUUUCGGACAUCAAGCGGAAUCAGCUGCCUGGACUGCUGGGGGGAGUGGGGCCCAUACACUCACUGCUGCAGCUCGCUCAAGGUUGUCGUGACCUCUUCUGGCUGCCUAUCCAGCAAUACCGUGUCUCUGGCCUUGACGGUCGAAUCGUACGUGGUGUUCAGAGAGGCUCCGCCUCCUUCGGAACCUCCACUGCCAUGGCAACACUCGAGCUGACCAAUCGGAUGCUGAGGACCAUCCAGGCUGCAGCAGAGACGGCCUAUGACAUGGUGUCUGUGGGAGGGAGUGGAGGUGGAGAGCUGAAGCGCUAUUCUCGUCACCGAUUGGCUCAGCAGCCGGUCGACCUGCGAGAGGGCGUGGCCAAAGCAUACAGUGUCGUUAAAGAGGGUCUGACAGACACGGCUGUGGGCAUCAUUGUCACGGCGACGCGUGAGCACGAGCAGAGGGGCGUGUCCGGCGCUGUGGGCGGAGUCAUACGAGAAAUCCCUCCCGCUGUCGUCACGCCUAUUGUCAUAGCGACCGCCGCCACCGCACACGUACUAGAGGGCAUGAGGAACCAGAUACACCCACACACACGACAAGAGGAGGAGCAGAAGUGGAGACACGCAAACUGACAUACACACACACAUACACACACACACACACACACACACACACACACACACACACACACACACAUGACAAGAGGAGGAACAGAAAUGGAGACACGCAAACUGACACCAACACACACACACACACGCACGCGCGCACACACACACACACACACACACACACACACACACGGCAAGAGGAGGAACAGAAAUGGAGACACGCAAACUGACACACACAUUUAAACUAACACAUACACACACACACACACACACAGACACACGGACACACGCGCACAGACUUGCGUGCACACACAAACACACACACAAACGCCAAGACGAGUAGCAGAAGAACAGACGCACAAACUGACACACACAUUCCACUAACACGAAACACACACACACACACACACACACACACACACACACACACACACGGUUGAGCAGACACACGCUCACAGACUUGCGUACGGUCACACACACACACACACACACACACACACACACACACACACACACACACACACACACACACACACACACACACACACACACCCAUUUCAGAUGAGGGUGUUAUUGGAGUCAGUUGCGCCGUAACAUACUGUAUUGUUGUGUGGCGACCCAUGAAGUGACUACAUCCAUUUGUGCCGGACAGUGGCAUAACAACUGCAUUGCUCUGUGCUGCUGCUAUAAUGCAAUGAAACCGUCCCAGCGCUCAUCCACCAAUCACGCUGCAUGUUACUAGUGGAUAUCCUUAAUCUUAGCCAAUGGGAUGUGAUAAUGUUGGGCCUAAUACGAACAAAUGUUAAUCAAUCAGACAGGAGAGCUCCUGAUGUUAACAAAUCAGAUGUUAGAGAUCCUGAUGUUAACCAAUUAGAUUGCUUAUUAUGAAUGUGCAAACAUCUCUUUGCCAGCAUUUCAGUCUUAAAGUGUGUGCGUGUGUGUGCGUGCGUUUGUGCGUGCGUGCGUGUGUGUGUGAGUGAGUGUGUGUGAUAGAGAGAGAGAAAGACAGAGAGAGAGAAAAUAAUGAUUUUUCUUGGUCUGUAUGGUGACUGAACAUACAGUAUGUGAUGUACGUGCGUGUGUAAAUUAAUGCGGUUUCUGCGUGCGUGUGUAUUAUGUUUUUUUGUUUUUUUUAAUAUGGUUUGAUGGCAAAGCCAAUGAAGCACACGGUGAAAAUGCAGCCUGUUUGGAUAAAACAAGUACUGCAUAGUAGAACUACGGUACAUACUGUAACACAAAGUCACAAACUCCUGUCUAGAUAUCACUGUAAUACUGUACAUAAAACACAUGCACAUACACACACACUCACACACGCACGCGCACACACACACACACACACACACACACACACACACACACACACACACACACACACACACACAGAUGUACAUGUGUGUAUGGCAUGUGGUGUACAUAGCUGUACAGCUCCUUGUGAGACUACUCUACUAUAUAUGAUGCAUGUGAACCAGUAAAGGGAAUUAAAAUAUCCCAUGUCAUACAGAGUCCUUUCUGAAUCCUUUUUGCUGCGUUUAUAACCCUGAAUAAAAUGUGAUUUUAUUAAGGUGUGCAUUAUGGAUUGUAUUAAAUAUAAUUAUAGUGUUUAGUAGUUACAUGGAUUACAAUAUACCUCACAACAUAAUUCAACAUUUUGAGUUGGAUUAAUCAUAUUUAUAAUCAUGGAGCCUUGGACACACAGAUCGCCAUUGAUAAUAAACAGUACCAGAAAGUGAGCAUGGAACACAAAGUGCAUUGAAGAUAAAUGUAAUUUAUUUGAAUUCAUUAGUACCUCACCUUUGUGAUGUAGUGGCUCUGUGUUAGUCUCUGGUGAAAAGAAAGCUGGUGCCCAGAAUUAUUUGAAUGUACGUGAAUCAUGUCACCAACCGACUUCCGGUACCCUGGUUGUCACAA